AUGAAAUUGGACUUCAGAGUAGAUGGGAUGGACCACGAUGUGACCAUUACACAGAGGCAGAAAAUGCCUUCCAUGGAGGGGACUCCAUCCAGAAGAGCAUUCAUGGCCAUGCUCUGGAGCUGUGUGGCCAUUACAUUUACAUUUUCAGUCGCGCGAAUCUGGAUCCGGAUAAAAAUCAAACAUGCCGUCUUUGCGGACGACUUUGCUCUUGUCUUCGGCUUCAUUUGUUUCCUGGCUCUGGCUAUAAUCUAUCAAGUGGCGAUCGAUCUGAUGUUUGGCUUUGGACCGCAACAGUCGAGUGAGACUCAAGCCAUGUGGCAAACCUACCAGUUUGCAUUAUUCAUGUUGUUUUGGACGGGUCUAUGGAGUGUCAAGAUCAGUAUCUUAGUAUUCCUAAGACGGUUCAUGAAUAUAUCUAUAGGAAGAUCAAUGGUAUAUUGGUGGACAGUGGCUGGAUUUACAAUGAGUUGUCUGUUCGUCAGCUUUGGGCUGCUUUUUGGCGUUUGUGGAAAGACGGGUGACUAUUUCAAGCCUGGGAAGUGCCACUCGGAACACAACCGAUCGAUGCACGUCGUGACGAUUCGAUUCGCUGGAGUCGCCGACAUCGUCACCGAUCUAGCAAUCAUGCUGCUACCGUGGAAUCUUCUUUGGAACCUGCAGAUCAACAAGCGUCAGAAGACUGCCCUCGGGAUCAUCUUCUCGCUGAGUUUCCUCGUCGUAGUAUUUGCCAUGCUGAGACUGCUCAAUACUCGUCCCGAGACUGGGCAUUUCAGUCCUGUAUGGGUCGGCGUUUGGUCCAUCUGGGAGUUGAACAUCGCAAUCAUCGUCGGGUGUCUUCCAUCGCUACGUUUCCUCGUUACCUCGCGGCGGCACAAGCGAAGCGGCUAUGGCAGGCAAUACGCCUACGGCAGCAGUGGAAGCAAGCGAAACCCAGAAAGCUCCCAGGACGUUCCCUUGCAGAAUUUCAAGACCCAGUUCGGUUCAAUAGCUAACAUCCGACGGGGGACUCCGAUCCUUCCGGAGGUUAGGAAUAGCCAGGAGCGCAUCAUUCCAUUCGGGAGUAUCUACGUGCAAAAGGACAUUGUGAGUCCUUCCUAA